ACCCUGGCUGGCUUGAAAUUACCAGCAAAGACUGCCAAGCGGCACAUAUCCUCCCCCAUGCGAAAGGGGGUGCAGUACAUUGAUGCGGUAGUCCAGGCCCGAGGACUGAACGAGAAGGUCCGUUUUAACGGUGGUAUAGACGAUGCCAAAAAAAUGCUUUGUUCAUGGAUUCACGAAUUCAUGCAGCUGGACUGAUAGAUCAAACCAGUGCCUUCCUUUAUGUUCCAAACUCGUGCAUGACAAUGGACGAUGUUUUGUAUCCAGAGGAGCACCCACCUCCACCUCUUCCUGAGUCCUUGCAGCACACAACGGAGCACAUCUACCUCCAGUUUCAGAUGCUGGUGGAGGGAGCAUACGUCCGAUUAGCAGAUUACAUGGUGGUAGGGCGAUUGUGGAACAACAAAUUCAUCCGAAUGCCCGACGACUGUUCUAGCUUCCCCCCUUUCUUCAUCUGCCAUUUCUAUUAUGGUUGCAUCGCCCUUCACCUAUGGCUGGAUAAAGACAGUUUGUCCACUCUCAACCGGUAUAAUCUUCAGCGCUACUAUCCUCCGAACAUCAAUGUGAAACGAGAAGAAUUCUCUGAGGAUGAUGAACGCAAUCCAUCUGACAGCUGUAUCCCAUCGAAACAGCGGAGACUUGAACCAGUUGCACCGUCUCCCGAUCAAGAGUCAAUCGAUGCCUCGGCAUUUCUUGUGAGCUGGCUAUGGAGAGCCAACGGCGUGUCCAUGGAAAAGGAUGAAGCGGAGGAUCCUCAGACAAUCAUUCGCAAGGAAUUCACGUCAGAUAAACGUGAAUUCGUGGAGAAGUGGCGCCAUGGGUCACCUACCAAGUGAGAAGUGAGAAGGGGGUGUCCCAAUGGAUGUGAGUUGAAUUACUAUAUCGUUGGAUUUGCGACAGACUCGGAAGGAGUGCUCACACGCGGUAAGCUACAAUCCGGCGCGUAGCCGGGAGAGCGAGUGAAACCAAGGCGACAGUUCAGCUGAGAUAUAUAGUUGAGUUUAGAGUCUGUCGCAUGUGUUCUCGAAACCAGUUGAUCCUAGUAA